UCUUGAUAUUACCUUGAACUUUCCCUUUUUUACAUUUUUUAGUUUAUUGUAAAAGUUCAAUAAUUUCUUGUCAUGGAAAUUUGUGUUUUUUGAAUAUUACCUGGGAUAGUAUAUUCGAGUAGUUUUGGUGAUUGCCAAGUUAAAUGUCCCUAUUGUAAAUGGGUUGGGUAAAAUAUUAGGCCAAGGUCCAAUGGGUCUCUAUAAGAAAGAGAAGAAUCCCGAUUCUUCGCCGGCUUCUGGCGCGCACAUUGAUUCGUUUGCUUCGCAAAAAUUGGUUUUGUUCAUGGACCGCUGGCGUGGGGUUCUAAAAGUCCCGUUACAUCCUCUUUCCAGGACUUGCUACCGUGUUGCAGCAUCUCUUUGUCUUUCCCCUACUUCCGAAAGGCUAAUUGUUCCUUCAGCAAAUGCCAUCUUUUUCGGCGGAGAUCGAGUUGCAGGCACUGGUAAUCUGGUUAUUGAGAGGUUAUCAGACUUGCAGAAUAUAGCUGAAAUACUGGUUUCAAAGAUUGGUGGUUCAGUCAAUGCUUGGGUUAUUGAAGCUUCUGAUUUCAAUGGGCCUUUCGCUGUGUACAAGGACUUUAUACCAUCUGUUAAUCAAUGGGGAGAGCCAAAGUCAUACUGCCCUGUUGGAUAUCCAGCUUCUGGAUCAAUUGUUUCACUCUUAUCAAAUAUCCUUGAAGAGGUGAAGAAUAGCAUAGUGAGACAGAACAAACUGCGCUCACCAGGAAAAUCUGCAUCACAUUUUACUCAACCUGAGACAUUAAUUUUUGGAUUUAGCAAGGGUGGCACUGUACUUAACCAGAUAGUUACCGAGCUUGGCUUCUCAGAUAUUGAAUUAUCUGGAGGUGAGCUUGUGGAGGAAAAAAAAAUUAGUAUGGAAGAAGAGAUUCAUAUCAUACCUAGAACAAAGGAAACCCUUCUGAACAGCAUCAGAGAAAUUCAUUAUGUGGAUGUUGGACUAAAUUCACCUGGUGCAUAUAUCACUGACCAUAGUGCGAUUGAGAAAAUCUCCAAACGCCUAACACAAGUAGAUAGAGGAAUCCGUUUUAUCCUUCAUGGAACACCCAGGCAAUGGCGUGACAGCAGGCGUUCUUGGAUAUGCAAUGAAAAAGACAAAUUGGUUCAUCUGCUUGAAUCUGAAGCUCAAAGAAGAGGUGGAAAAUUACAGGUUUGUGAGAAAUUUUAUUUUCCUGAUAGGCCACCUGAUUUGCAGAUGCAUUAUGAAAUAAUUGAAAAAUUGGAUGUCAGUUAACCACUAUAAAUUGUAAUUAUUCUAUCAAGUAUAAAGUAAAUGAAGUAUGCAAUUAUAUUUAUGAUUGUUUUAAAGUUAUAUUAUGAAAAUAGCAGUGACUGUUAGACAAAUAGGAGUAUGUAAUGAAUUGUAGUACUUCUCUAUAUGAAAAUCACUAUGAGGGCUUAUACAAGAAUCUUUGAGUUAUGGCAAUGGCAUGAAAUUGUUAUGGAAGACAAAA